CACGCACACACACAUACACACACACUCUUUCAUUUUUGAAUAAUCAGAGAGGAGGGACGGCAGCUGGAGCUGCACUCAACCUGUCGAUAUUAAGAUGAGCGCAGACCCGGCGGAGCAGUCGGAGGCUCCAGCCGAGCAGGCAGGGCAAAACGGAAUCGACUUCCAUCGCCAGAUAAAGAGAGAAGAGAUCCACGAGUCAGCCGCCGCACUGAAGACAUGUCACCUGACACAGAGCUCUCCAGGGCCUGGAGGUCAGCUGUCUGGGGAGCUCACCUCUCUUCACACCAUGCAGCAGCUCCUGAUGCCGCCCUCCCACCUGUCGUCCCCGUCUCCCUUCCUGCUCUCCCAGAGCCCGUCCAGCCACCAAGCUCUCCUGCAGCAGAACCUGCUCUCGCUUCCCUGUCAGAGUCAAACUGGUCUCCUCCAGCAUCAACCUGGUCUGGCCCUGACCCCCCAGGUGAUGAGCCGCUCCGGCCUGGUGGGCCCGUCCAUGGAGAACCACAUGGACAUGUCCCACCUGCAGAUGUCCAAGCACAUGUCCGUGGCCCCGCUGGAGGAGCCCAGCGACCUGGAGGAGCUGGAGCUGUUCGCCAAAGCAUUCAAACAACGACGCAUCAAACUGGGCUUCACACAGGGAGACGUUGGCCUGGCGAUGGGGAAACUGUACGGGAACGAUUUCAGCCAGACCACAAUCUCCCGCUUCGAGGCUCUGAACCUCAGCUUCAAGAACAUGUGCAAGCUCAAACCGUUGCUGGAGAAAUGGCUGAGUGACGCAGAGAACUCGCCUCCUGACUCGAUGAGCAACCCCACCUCCCUGCCGCCGCUGAUCGAGGGUUACGGACGCAAGCGGAAAAAGAGGACGAGCAUCGAAACGAACAUCAAGCUCACUCUGGAGAAGCGUUUCCUUGACAACCCCAAGCCCAACUCCGAGGAGAUAACCCUGAUCUCAGAGCAGCUCGGCAUGGAGAAGGAGGUGGUUCGAGUUUGGUUCUGCAAUCGGCGUCAGAAGGAGAAGAGGAUCUACUGCCCGGUGACGAGUCUGUCGGUCAAGUCACACAGCUUCAACUCCAGAAUGUAUCCGGCCUCAUCAUCCAGAUCCUACAGCCCUCCGGCUACCGGCGGAGUGUCAUCGAAUUCCUCCCCGAACAGUCGGGAGCCUUCUCCCAACAGUCUGUCAGCAGCCUCCAUCUCUGCUUUAGCGUCUCAGGUUAACCCGGCUUCCUACAGCACGCCAGGAUCCUGGUACCGCACGUGGAACCCUGCCUACCAUCACUGAGAACCAUGAACUGUCUCAUCAAGCUUCUUUUUUUGUUGUUGAAGAUUUUGUUCUGUUUUGAGAAGGAUGUACAGUGGAAGAGACGGUUUGUACGACUCCAAGCCCGAAACCGUGAGGCGAGCAGCAGAGGGUGGAGAAGCCCCGAGCUGUUUGGUUUGUGUCCAGGUGACUCUUUGCAGAGAUCAGCCGCAAAGAGGAAGAAUAAACGGGGAAAAACCUGACAAGAUGUAAACACUAGCGGGGAUUCUCAUGUUCUCAUGUGGCUCGAAGAGACUCAAACAACCGGUUUGAGCGAUUGUGUAACAAGCUGUUCCCUUUUUUCCUCUCUGCCAUCUUUACGUUGGUCGCAAUGUGUUUCAUGUUUGUUUCAUAGCUCGUGUUUGUGGAGUUUAUUCCAUCCUGCGUUACGUACUGCUGGCCUGUCGAAAUAAAAAUGCAGUCAAAAGGAAAUUGAUUUUGUUGGAACUGUCCACCACGGCUGCAAGAAAAAAGGCCUUAUAUUUGAAUUUGUAUUAUUAUUAUUAUUUUUGAUGGCUUUCAAUUUGAUUAUUUAUUUAUUUUAAAGGGUGGAUCUCUUUUUAUUACAAUUUAGGUGACUAGUUCUAGGUUACUGCGAUCCCUUUUCCAGGUGGCAGACGUGACCUCUAAUAAUCCGUUAUUGCACUACACAACGAUGUGGAUGGGAGGUUCAAACUGACCCUUUGCCAAGUAGCAUCUUUAGCAUCAUUCAGGUUCAGUGCAUCUGGAGCUCGUUCUGGUGAAACUUUGUAUAAAAGUGACACUCGUUACCCGGAGAGGACGGGAGGAGAUGCACGUUUCUAAAACGUUAAGUUUCUACGUUCAAACCUGUACGUUAGCUCACCAUUAGGUUAGCGUUAGCUACUGAAGGUUUACUAAAUGUGUUAUUACGAUUGUAACGGUGAAUAAAGAUCUACUCAGCUUUACAGGAA